AUGUCCCCUAGAAGUAAGCGUAAUUUCACCUGCUCCUGGGAACGCUGUGGCAAGUCUUUUUAUCGCAAGUCAGAUCUCUGCCGCCAUUAUCGGAUACACACCAAUGAGAGGCCCUACCAUUGCAAUAUGAAAGAUUGCAACAAAAGCUUUAUUCAGCGCAGCGCUUUGACUGUACACUCCAGGAUUCAUACGGGUGAAAAACCAUACGUCUGCGACCAUGAGGGGUGCCAGAAAGCCUUCUCAGAUCCCGUCAUAGAAGAGUGCACACUGGGAAGCGACUGUGCGUAUGUCGAGAAGAAACCUGCGGAAGAAGCUAUGUCAACCAACUCACAUCGCGGCGUUCUUUAUUGUAGUUCCUGCCGCAAAGCUGCUCUCACGAAACCCCAACGCGGCUCCCGCUCUCCGAGAGCUUUGGUUCAAACACCAUUUGUAGACACCACGUCGGAACAUUACAAUCAACACGAGACUCCUGCAGCCGUGUCAACCCCCAAUACGCAAGACCAGAAUUCCUUCGCACUGCAGCCCUUCUACCCACAAUCAGCGUCGCCCAUACAUGGCGUUGCGAUGGGCUCAGUGCACGUGUACGAGGGUUCUCCUGCCAGCAUAGCACAAAGUGUGCCCUUACCUUCGGCGACGAACCUACAGUACGUCUGGCAACUUGUCCCUCAGCCACACCACGAGACUCCCGUGGCCGUGCCAGUCCCCAGUACGCCAGACCAGACCCCAUUCGCACUGCAGUCCUUCUACCCACAAUCAGCGUCGCCCAGGCAUGAGCUUCGCUCCAUACAUGGCGUUGCGAUGGGCUCAGUGCACGUGUACGAGGGUUCUCCCAUAAAUAUGGCGAGUUACGAGUCUGGUUUGGAUAUCAACAUGAUAGUGCCGUGUUUCUUCUGGACUUGA